ACCGAUUCAAGAGACGCGAAUGAUGUACAUGUAUAUCUCGUUGCUCGCGACCGGCGCAUGUCUGAGCGGUUCGAAGUGUAUAGGGAAUAUCGCUAUGAAUGAAUAUUUUGUUUCUGGAAGACGGUAACUACAACGACAUCAGCGCCCUUACGCAUUCGCGCUCUCGUUCAUAUCGUUUGCCAUCAAAGUGAAUCACCGGUGAAUAGAAGAUCCACGGUCGCGGUAGUGUGCACUCGCGUCGCCGAACAAUUUGGCACACGGCUACGUUCUUCCCCGAAAACAUCGAAAGACCCGAUCCAAUUAGGAUAAAGGUUGUUCCACGCAUCGUUUCCCGGACCGCGCGCGCUUGCGUUCACGAUUCCGUCGUGAACUCUUGAGUGGCGCGUUUUACAUGGCGUCCCGAAUGGUGUCUACACCGAGACUCCGGCUAGACUGACACACCGGUUUCGAGUGGCUCGCAGGGCAAGACUCUAAACACCAUGGGUAAGACGCCAAAGAAGGCGGCCCCUGGGGGCGAUGAGAGGAAUUUGUACGAUCGGAGGCUGCUCAAAGCGACGACCGCGGCGUCAAAAACCUCUGAAACGCACUUGCACAACAGACAACGCGAAUCCGAGAAUCCGAACAGGUCUAAGUCGAGCACAGCACAGAAAAAAAUACCUACCGGUCACAGAGACUUUACGAGUAAAAUUAGCAAGCCGUCUAAGUUGGUUUCGAAGCGUCCUGUGAGGCAAGUUGUCACGCCAUUGGGAUCCUUACAGGAGAAGAAGCUACCUGUCAAGAACAAAAGCAAAGAGAUCAUCUUAAAGAUGCAGCCGGAGUCGGAGGAGGCUGAGAUUAAACUGGAUGAGGCUUCGGGGAAUAAAAGCACGAAGCAAGAGCCUUUCAAGGAGACUCAGAACUCUACGGAGAAGCAUGGCGAGCAUGCUGCUUCGGAACCUGUUCAGACCAGCUCCAAGGGAGAGGAGCAGCCGAACGGAGAGUCUGAGAAGGAGCAAACAGAGCCAGGAAAGAAGGACGAGAAAACGAACAAUUCUGCGGAGACAAAGAUGGUAGAGGAGCAUGAAGAACGCGAGGAGAACGAGGGGAACGAUAUAAAGUUGACCUUCGAUAACGACGAGAGCUCCGUGAAGCCUUUAGAGGAGAAGCCUAACGGGGACCCGAAGGACAACGAGAGCGACGAACCGAAGGGCAAGGAGAACGAGGAGGUUCGAAUAGAAACGGAAACAAAUGUGCAGGAGAACGACGGGAUUCAAAGCGAAUCGCUGAACGACACAGAAAACACCACCGUAGAGACUGCGGAGUCUUCUAGGUCGGAGUUGUCAGAAGUAGUUGCGAGUACAUCAUCGAACGAUGCCAGAAAGGAUAAAGAGAAAGAGGAGUUGACGACCCAGAAGGACGAGCCGUUCAUUUCGUACGACCCCACGAUACUGUUGAAAGACGUCCAGAUCAAAUUGAACGACUGCAUGAAGGAGAACCCGAAACUGCAGGAAACAACUAGAAUGGAUCAGGAGGACGAGGAGGAACAGGAGCGAGAGAUGCCGACGAGACCUUAUCAGAAUAUGUCCUUCGGCAAGACGCUGAGGAAUAUCACCGGCAGACGAUCUCUCAGCAGAAUGCGACACGUAACGAUACGCGAACAAAGAUAUUCGCCGAACAACUCGAUGUUCGUCAACACUUCCGGUUCGUCGUUUAUGCCCGACGAGACCGAGGACUUCAAGAUCGUGCGGUACAGCACAGGCGUGUCCGAAACGAUUUCCGCGAGCAACGGCAGUUCGAUGGAAAAGAAACGAAAGCACGAGUUCAACGAGGACUGGAGCAGUAAGAAACAAAAGAUCGACACAGAGAACAGUUUGUUGAACACCUCUAUCAGCAUACUGAAGGGCUUACGUAGGCCCAUACAAGCGUCCACGCCUGUCGCCGAGCUCAAGUUCCAAGGCGAUAAGCUGGAUUUAUCCGACGACGAGCGCGAUAAGUUGGCGAACGACCAAGCCACCAAGGUACGAUGGUGUACGGUCAUGUAAAUUACCUCAGAGAUUUUAUACACCUGCGUACACUCUUUUUCUUUUUUUGCACGCAAGGAAAGCGGCCCUCGUGCCAUGCCAUUUGUAGUCAUAAGUAUGUGUGGUUGCGACCACAUUGUCGAUUUGAAACAUUUCAAACUUUCGAUUUGAUUCAGCCCGGAAUAAAAUCGGUUCUUGAUCUCUGGAAUCACGAAGCCUUGCGGAAAGACAUUACUAUAUUAAUCAUUUCGUUUUUUAAACUUUAACUUUAAAUACGCGGUCUCGCUGUACAGUCUUAAGAAUGUUCGUGGAAAUUUUCGUUGUUACGAGUUGAUUUUGAUGAACAAUAAACGAAAGCUUCUACAAUGUUACGAAUUCCUAGGAAAUUAGACUGAAUACUACGCCGAGUUUUAUCACACGAUUAUCGGUUUAACCCUCGGGCGCGGCGGUCGUUUAAUUUAUUCUGUAUUCAGAAUAUCAUAAAGAUACGUUUCGAUCGAACCGAUAAAACAAAAUUGUAUGUGGUCCAAAUCAUCGUCAAUUGUGUAAUUGUCGAGAGAAGUUCUGCCUAUCGAGGGUUAAAGUACAAAAAUCCUUCGAGAAUAUAUUUUAUACGAACGACGGGACGCAGUUGUAGAAGCGUUCGAGUAAUCGAUCGUUCGAAUUCAUUGUCCAUGUUUUUGUCACCCUUUCGUCGUGUGCACUUUAUUCAAGCAAAUUUCAUUCUACCGAUUCCCGAUAAGCGAUUACAGCUGAAUUCUACAUCGCAGAACAGAUUACUUCCUCUCGAAUCGUUUCGCGUCGCUAGGGAUCGUUUAAUUUUCUUCACGUUAAAAAUGUAUACUGAUAUAUAUAUUUUUUAUAGAACUCUAUAAGCAUGUCCUAGAACAUUUUUCUAUCGGGAAGCUAGAGAGAAAAAGAAGGGAGUAGAAAGAACGAGGGGGGAGGGAAGAGAGAGAGAGAGAGAUUGAUUUAUUGUUUCGAGGGUAUUGUAAAGAUUUAUAUUUACCCUGACCGUAGAGCUUGCUUCUCUCGUUGCGCAGACACGACACUUUUUUUUUCUUUUUCCUUUGUUUUUUUUUACUACGUAUUUAUAAUAGGGUAAAUCGUUGCGGAAUAUAACUCGCGCGUUAUCGAGCGGCGAUAACAUUUUUCUUCUGGUCGACCGUUCGCAGAUACGAUUUUUUGGUGUCCGGAUUCGAACACGAAGACUGAACGACAUGGAAGACGACCAGGGAGAGGGAGAGAGAUAAAGAGAGAGAGAGAGAUAGAAAGAGAAAAAAAGAGAAAGAGAGUAUUAAAAUGUAUCGAUUAAGUUAGAAUAAAACAAAGUAAAUGCGACAUGCUCGGUAGAGUCGUAUUUCCACCAAAGUCGUUCUCCCAUGUUGCGAGUAGCCCCAUUUAGUUGACGUUUUUAUUGCCAGCACUUUUACCGAGUAUCCUGUAAGCUCUCUAGGAACAGCUCUCGCUCCGGACAGGAGGGAAAACUUAAGCGAUUUUCAUCGAUCGAGCCUUAAUGCGAUCCCGGCGAACCAUUAAUAAUAGCUGUGGGGAUCCACUUGUUUAUACUUGUUACGAUUGAACGGAGGAGAGUUGGGAACACGAUGUAUGAAUAAUGUAUAUAGAAAAUGAGAUUUAUAAUAAAUCUUGAAAACCCGAGAA